CGUAUAACUAUUAACUAGAAGUGGAACAGUUUCAUGCUUUUAACUUCUCUGUUCCAGUUCUGCUACAACGAUUGCCGAGAUUUGAAAUUUCCGAAUGAUUCCUAUCCACAGAUGAAGGGUUAUUCAUAAUGCAGACCAAUCAAAGUUUUGACAUCUUUUUCUUUGUGUUGGAAUGAAAUCCGCAACAAAUUUGAUCCAGAAUCCCGCAUGUCAGUCAAGCUUUCAAGCUUUCAAGCUCCACCUCGUUCUGUCCCCAUCUGAAAUCCAUUAAAAUACAUUUGCGCCAUAUACUACAUACUGCGGGAGAAUUACAGUACAUACUACUAGUAGUAGAUCUACUGCCCAGAAUUAUCAACAACGAGGGAUGUCAUUCUCGGUAUCGUUCGUCCAGGAUCCCCCCGGAAUUAAGAAAACAGCAACCCAUGAUUUCCGAGAUGGGCACAGAAACAAGGCCCCGAACAAUGCUUGGCAAGCCAGCCCAUUCGGUUAACUAAAGGAAAGCUGCUGAACGACGUCAAAAACGGAGCCCUCGGAACCCAAAGCCCACGUCCUUACUUGCUAGUCUGCCCAAGGUCAUAAGCAUGUCGACCUGACUUUCAGUAUCAAUAACUACAGCUCUACAUGGGCAUGCCAAGAGAAAGAAAGAAAGAAAGAAAGAAAGAUCCCUUGAAACGACUUAUGCGAAAUAAUCGCAAAUGCAUCAAUGGAGAAGGCAUUGAAAAUCACACCACACUAUUUGAGAUAUUUGUUAAUAUAUACUAACCAAAGCAUCAUGCUCUACUACCUAUAUCUGACACAAAGAAACAUAGUGGAGUUAGCCACAUUUCUCAGACCUACAUACAUAUACAUACAUAUACAUACAUACGCACUCACGUUUCAAGUGACGUCCACAGCAAGUGGUCUAUCAACACGAGCUCCACUAUCGUAUUUUGCUGCCACACAAUCAAGAUCGGGAUCGUGGCGACUGAGGUGGCCACAAGAUUCAACAGACAGCAAACAAACAGCCUAAUCCGGGAGUUCAAGAAAAAAUAUCCAUGUCUAGUAGUUACCAGUCCUGAAAAUCGAAAGGUACAGCGGGGAACGCCGAGGAGCUUUCUCUACAAUUGCGUGCCUAUAAGAUGCUUACUUUUACUACAUACUCUGAUACUCAGGUUAGUACAAAUGUAUUUGACUCCAUCGUCCAUAAAACGCAACGUGAGACAGCUGGAUCAUCUGGAUGGGAUAAUUGUGGUGCGUAGUGGUGCGGUUCGCCGAUCGCCAAGUCCUGUACCUCAUCAUGUAUUCCCCUCCCCGCAGAACAGCAGAACAGAAGAAGACACAAGAGUCAAGACAGCACUUGGAUGUUCUGAUUAUCAAAGGACAUGGAUAGAUAGAUGUAUGUAGUAUUGAGUAUAGUAGAUCAUAAUUUCUACCCGGCUACUUAUUAAUCC